AUGGGGGGUGCUUUCACAGACAAAGUCUCAUGGCGAUGGUGUUUCUACAUCAAUCUCCCCCUGGGCGGAGUCGGCGCCGUGGUCAUCCUUUUCUUAUUCCAUGCGCCCUCUCCUACUUUUGUCCCUGAUGCAACGAAAGGCAGCCGACUAAAACAGCGAUUAAACCAGCUCGAUAUUGAAGGUACAGUACUCUUCAGUGCCUGCAUUAUUUGUCUCCUACUGGCCAUCGAAUGGGGUGGGGCGAAAUGGACCUGGAGCAACGGUCGCAUUAUUGCCCUGUUCGUGAUCUUCGGGGUCACAUUGGUGGCCUUCUGCAUUGUGCAGGCCAGAAAGAAAGAAAUGGCAAUGAUACCACCAAGGGUAGCGGGGAACCGAAAUGUCUAG